AACAAAGUUUUGUUGCAGGAAUGUCAGACAGUAGAGUAGUGGGCACACAACGACCACAACAACUCCCUCUCCAAAAUCCUUUUUUCCAAUUUCUUUUCAAUUAUUUAACUACUAAAUCUCCCCAUUUUUUGUUGCCAGUUUUUUUACUUACUUCUCUGAUUUUGUCUUCUGAAUUAUAGUUAAUACUUAGCCCAAUUUAACAACCCCACCUUUCAUGUGCUUAUCUUAUUGUCAUCCCCUGCUAAAUUUCGUCCUGUGACUUUGCGAACUUUUGCCAUUUUUGCAUCUAUUUUUUCAUUUGGGUACAAUUAAUUCUUGAUUUUAAAUAAGAAUUUUCAGUGAUUUGAAGUGGGUUUUGUACUUCUGUAUAUGGGUGAUGGAUAGUUUUUGUGAUCUUGAAGUUGAUGUCAAUGGUGAAGCUGUUUUCAUGGUAGAUAAGAAACGUAUAUCUUCUUUCUCGGGUAGAUUAAGCCAUUUAUUUGGUAAAUCUGCAAGCAGUGGGAGUAGUUUUAAAGUAAUAUUUCAUGACUUCCCCGGCGGAGCUGAGACAUUCGAGCUGGUUGCAAGGUUUUGUUACAAUAAUGGCAGCAUUGAAAUAAGUCCGACUAAUUUAAGCUUCCUUCAUUCUGCGGCUUACUUCAUGGAAAUGAGCAGGUCUGUGUCCGGGACAGAGAAUCUAAUUGAGCUCACUGAAAAGUCACUUGAAGAGAUAAGCUACUGGACUUGGUCUGAUCUUUUGUUGGCUUUAAAGCAAAACCAAAACCAAAAUAUGCCCGAAGAUGUCAAAACCGCCAGUGUAGUUCAGAAAUGUUUGGAUACUCUUGUUGGAAGGUUGGCAGUGGCUUCUGAAACUAGCCCAUGUCCGUCUACUUCUUCACCUGAGAGCUUUGGUUUUCGGAUCUCAUGUGAUUCUCGGAGUACUGAGAGCUUGAAAACAAGCUGCUCUCGAGCAAAUUGGUGGUUUGAAGAUCUAUCAGUACUAAAUCAGAAUCUGGUUGAACUGGCUGUCAAAAAUAUGGUUUCUCGGAAGCUUGAUCAUGGGAUGAUAGGUAGGUUCCUCCUCCAUUACCAGAAAUUGAAAUUCAUUUCUGCCCAAUCUGAUGAGAAGUGUAGAAUAAUUGAGAUGGUCGUCAGCAAUUUAUGUUCCCUUGAUCACUGGUCUGUUUCUUUCAAGAAUUUGAUGGGGCUUUUGAGAAUUUUGCUAAACCUUAACGUAAGUAAAUGCACCAGAAGUAGAUUAGAAGGUAUAAUUGGCUUAAGAAUGGAUGAAGCAACAUUGGAUAGCCUCCUCGUUCCUUCUCCACACGGAAUGAACUAUUUAUAUGAUGUGAACCUUGUUUUGAGGUUACUGAAAUCAUUCCUUGGCGGCGGUCUGCCUAAGGUUUCAAAUGAUAGAAUCAUCAGAGUAUCCCACUUGUUGGAUUCGUAUUUGGCAGAAGUAGCCCCAGAUCCAUGUUUAAAACCUUCUAAAUUCAUUGCACUUGCAACUGCAUUACCAGACUCGUCAAGAGACUCUUAUGAUGAAAUGUACCAUGCCAUGGAUAUGUACUUGGAGGUACAUACUGAUUUAACCGAAGAAGAAACAUUUAACAUUUGUUCUGCUUUGAACUAUGAGAAGCUGUCAGCAGAAGCCUGUGUUCACCUCUCAAAAAACGCAAAGUUCCCAUCAAGUUCUACAGUGCAAGCUCUUCUCUCUCAGCAAACAAAGCUUAAAAGUUUGCUCCAUGAUGCAAAUAACCCAAAAUCAUGCUCCUCUUCCCCUGGUACUGGAGGUGGAGCCAGAAGCCGAAAGGAUGAAUCAAGUCAACAGAUUGUGCUGUAUGCAGGAAAAUUCGAUGUCAUGACAGAGAAUGAAAACAUCAGAGCACAUUUACAAGGAAUGCAAUGCAGGGUGACAGAAUUGGAGAAAGUGUGUCAGAAAAUGCAAACUCAGGUAGCGAAGAUGAUGAGAUCAAAAUCAUCCAACAAUAUGAAUCCCAGAUCAUUACCUAGAUUCUGCUCAUAAGUUCUGAUAUCUUGUAUUUAAAAUUUUUUUCGCACUUGCCAGCAUUUUAUGUACAGCAUAGGUUACUCAUCAGUCAUAAUCAGUAAGUAAUUAAAUAUUUUUUCCCUCUUCGCUAGGUUGUCACUCCCAUCCUUCUUUGGGCUACCAAUUGUGAAAUGAAGUUACACAAUAAAGAAAUCCAGGUUGCAAUGUCAAUUCCGGUUGUGGGUCAAUAUUGUGUCUAGUUAAACGGUUUGGAUAUUUGGCUCCCGGGAUAAAAACGGAUUGGGUAUUAUAUGUACCGGGUUGUGAUAUUUUUUAAAUAUAAUUGAAGUGAUUGUUUUUUAAUAUACAGUACAUUUUUUUUUUUUUU